AUGUCAUCAGUUUCAAAGCAAAAACGCAUGGCAAAAAAAGCUGCCAAGAGCGGCUCUGCUACCGCCACAAAGGCAACUGCUGAAAGUACCGUCAAUGGUACUGGAUCAGCAGAUAAAAAAAAUAAAAACUCUACUGCAGCAAGUGAUCUAUCUCUUGAUUCAUUAAAGAUCUCUGGCGAGAGGACCGCAAACGGUGUUUUAACAUCACAGCCAAUGGCAAAAGACAUCAAGAUCGAACAAUAUAGUUUGUCUUUCUUUGGUCGUGUGCUAAUUGAAAACGCCACAAUCGAACUUAAUUUUGGCAGACGCGGAAAGAGCACUUUUUUAGAAUCUUUGGCUGCAAGAGAGGUUCCAAUUCCGGAGCAUAUUGAUAUUUAUUUAUUAAAUCAAGAAGCGGACCCGUGUGAUCUCAACGCCAUCGAUUAUGUCAUUCAAGCUGCAAAGGAAGAGAUCACUCGUCUAGAAAAAGAAGUUGAAGACUUGUUGACAGAAAACGAUGAAGAUCCUAGAUUAGAAGAUCUUUAUGAUAGAAUUGCAGCUCUUGACGAGUCGACGUUUCAAGCUCGUGCCAGCACUUUACUUCAUGGUCUAGGUUUUUCACAAGCCAUGAUGGCCAAGAAAACUAGAGAUAUGUCUGGUGGAUGGAGAAUGAGAGUUGCUUUGGCAAAGGCCUUAUUUAUUAGGCCCACAUUAUUAUUAUUAGAUGAACCUAAAGUAAACCAGAUGAAAGCAUAUCACAAACAACAAGAUGAAAUCGCCCAUAUCAAGAAAUUCAUUGCUUCGGCUGGUACUUACGCAAAUUUGGUUAGGCAAGCCAAGAGUAAACAAAAGAUUAUAGACAAGAUGGAGGCUGCUGGAUUAGUUGAAAAGGUAGAGACUCCAUCAACAUUCAAGUUCAAAUUCGCAGAUGUUGAAAAACUUCCACCGCCUGUAUUACAGUUUGACCAAGUUUCUUUCUCCUAUAAUGGAAGAAGAAUUGCUCGACAUACAAACUUGAAAUUGGCUAAAUAUAGUCAGCAUAGUGCUGAUCAGCUUGAUAUGGAUUUGAGCCCUAUUCAAUAUAUGAGAAAGAAAUUUUCUCAUAUGAAUGGAGAUGUUGAUACAUCAUUGAUCAAAACCUUGAGUGACGGUUUAAAGACUCGAUUAGUUUUCGCAGAAUUGGUAUUGUCCACUCCCGAUAUUGUACUUAUGGAUGAACCUACUAACCAUUUGGAUAUGGAAAGUAUUGAUUCGUUAGCACGGGCUAUUCAAGAAUUUUCCGGAGGAGUAGUAUUAGUAUCUCAUGAUUUUCGUCUUAUAUCCCAAGUUGCGCAAGAUAUACGGUUAUGUAAGGAUAAAACUGUAGUACCAUUUAAAGGGUCUAUUGAAGAUUAUAAAAAGCAACUCCAACGAUCAAUAAAAGUUUGA